GAGAAAUCCCCGGUGAAAACUGAAUAUUACGGGAAAACCUGUAAAAGCACACAAAAGGCGGUUUGACAACAUUGUUCUAAUAUAGAACAUCCAAUACCAUCAAUAUGACGAAAUCUCAGAUACAUAAAAUCUCCAUUUGAUGUAAAAUUCAUCAGAGGUUUCAUAUACCCCAAAAAUGGCAGCUCGGUCGGAGGAGGUACUACUGAUUGUGAACCAUGUGCGGAACAAGAAGACUGACGGCACGCUGUACAUGAUGGGGGAGAGGAUGGGCUGGAUGCAGGGCAGCAAGAGCACCUUCUCCAUCAGCUAUAUGUAUGCUGAUAUCAAAGCACAGAAAAUUUCACCUGACUCAAAAGAAAAAGUUCAGCUUCAGUUGGUAUUGCAUGAUGGAGGAGCAAACACAUUUCAUUUCAUCAAUCCCAAGGGACGGUCAGCAGCCAUUGCUGACAGAGACGGGGUGAAGGAUCUACUACAACAACUGAUUCCAAAGUUUCGACGGAAACUCAGCAGUGAGCUGGAGGAGAAAAACAGGAUGCUCCAGGAAAACCCAGAGUUGUUCCAGUUAUACAAGGAUCUUGUGGUGACAGGAGUUAUCACUGCUGACGAGUUUUGGGCUUCAAGGAAGAAUCAGAGUACUGUCAAAACAGACAAGUCACAGAAUGUGGGAGUGUCAGCCGCUUUCCUGGCUGAUAUUAAACCUCAGACAGAUGGCUGUAAUGGACUGAAGUACAACCUUACUGCUGACGUGAUUGAGUCGAUAUUCCGCACAUAUCCCAUGGUGAAAAAGAUGCAUGCUGAGCAUGUUCCUCACAACAUGACAGAGAGUGAGUUUUGGACCAGAUUCUUCCAGUCCCAUUAUUUCCACAGAGAUCGGACAGUGAUGGGAUCAAAGGAUGUCUUCACAGAAUGUGCCAAAGUUGAUGAAAAAGAUAUGAAAGAAGAAAUAUCUUGUAAAAUGGUUGACCCAUUUUUGGAUCUCACAAAAAUAUCAGACUCUUCUCUCCAUGAGGAUUAUCGAGGUCUGACGGAAGACACAAGGAUUAGUAAUAAUGUGACAAAUGGAACCAUGAUUCGGAGAUUCAAUCAUCAUUCUACAAUGGUGCUGAAAGCUUGUACAAAAAACUCGCAAAAUGCUCAGAGCUCAAGUGCAGCAGACAAUUCUGUUCAGUCCAGUGAUACUCAAAAUGGAGAAGUGACACCCAAAGUGAAUGGUGUAGUAAACGGAGAGCAGGGGCCGAGUACCAGCAAAGACUACUGGGAACCAUUGGCCAAAAAACAGAAAAUGCAGGAAAAGAUUCACAUGGAUGAUUUAGGAGACUCAAAGAGUAAAAAGAAUGUGAAUUUACGCCUACACAAGAUGGAGGGUUAUCUACAUGGUCCCACUCCUCUCAUGAUGUCUCGCUACACGACCAGUGAGGACCUGGUUCAAUCCUCGGAGUCAGUGAUGCAGGACGUCUACCAGUGGUCACCUGACCUGUCAAAUGUGCUGUCUGGGUCACAAGCCAUCGUUAUCCUCAGUGAACUCUCACCAGGAGGGGCCCUAAUGAAAGGCACAAGUCAUCAAGAACUGAAUCAGAUUGUUCCCCCUGAUGUCCAGGAGGAGGUAAAGGCCAAUUAUAGCGCCCUGUUGGAACUGCUGCGCCACUUCUGGACCUGUUUCCCUGUGUCAUCCAAAUCCCUGGAAGAGAAGGUUGUAAAAAUGAAGUCAACAUUAGAGAGAUUUCAGAUGGCCAAGCUAAUUCCCCUCAAAGAACGACUUCAGGAGUACCACUACACUGUUAAUCUGACAAGUCACAUGGAGGAACUGCUGGCAGCAGCAAACAGGAAGUUUGACAUGUGGCAGUCCAGGAAGUCCACUGUCAAAAGGUGAUGGUCACACUAGGUUGUUGGUGCUAUGUUAUACAAUGGGAGCAGGUCGCACUAUGGGAGCAUGUCAUACUAUGCUGUAUGGGAGUAUAAUGUUAACUACAGAGGACAAUCAGACCUGACUUCUGUGAUGAUGCUGUGGUCUUUGAUGCUAUGAAUGAAGACUCAGAGACUGUUAAAUUUUAGUGUUUCUUUUGUGUCUUACUUUAUUCAAUGCAAUAAACUAAUUAUCUUCAUGUG